AUGUUUUGCUAUUACACGCUUUUUGUGGGCCUAAUUAUUAUCGCCAAAUCAGAGAUAACAAAAGACACAAUCGGAUUUCCCGAAUCAGAAGAAAAUCUUAAUUUGGUUAAUAAGAAGGAGCGUUAUCCCGUCUAUUUACCAUCUAUGUGCGGAGAAAAUGAGCUCUACUAUCCCGGUGAUCAAGAGGAUGACUGGAUAUGCGAUUGUCGGCCUGGUUAUUUAUACUACCCAGAAAAGGAUUCAUGCUGGCCAGCGUUCAGACGAGGUCCUUGCAAUGAUAAGGAGCAUCUAAGACUGCCUCACAACUCUAUCAUUCCAGUGUGUGUUAAAAAUCCAUGCAACGACGGUUUUGUGGUAUGGAAAGGGACAUGUCAGCGCCUCGGUUCUACAGCCCCAUGUAAGAUUGAGUUCCCUCCAGCUGUUCUGUGGGUGAAUGCGACGACCAUGUCUCUCGGCUGCGUCCCAUUAAACUUCCACAUAAGGUCCGAGAUUGCUUAUGAAAAUGCGAAGUGUCCUUUAGGUUGUAAGAGACAUGUACAAGGCUUGUGUGUUCCAGAAACAAUGCCACAGGUCACGAAAGUCUAG